UUCUCUCUUUUCUUAUAUAUCAUUUACUCCACCUCUUUGCAAGAGAUGAAGGAGAAAGUGAUUCUUUGAAAGUUCGAACUCGAAAGAAAACUUUCUUCUUCUAUUCUAUCAGUGCUAAUGACUUUUCUCUUAUCUUUAUUUUCCAUCUUUUCCAUUGAUAAUAUCGUAUCGAUGUUCCUUCGAGUUUAAUAUAAAAAACCCUAAGUAAUUAGUCCAUGUCGAUCAGUACAAUAUUGUAAUCAAAGUGUUUCACUUAAUCGAAUUCUCAAAAAGUUCUAAAAGUUUUCAUCGUCACUUUUAUUUUUUUAUUUCGUUUUCGAUUUUAAAUAUCAUUUAGUUCCCAACCAAUUCAACAGAAAUGAAAUUUUUUCUACUUACAUUGGUUUUUCUUUUAUCGAUCACCUUUACAUUAACCAAACCAAGGAUGAAAAGGUCACCCUAUGAAUUAGCCAUGGAUUAUGAUAAACUAUUGGGUGGACCAUUGAAGGAAACCUUUUCAUGUGAAGGAUUAAGAUUUGGUUAUUAUGCUGAUAUGGACAAUGAUUGUAAGAUAUUUCAUAUCUGUCACCCUCGACAAUUAGCUGAUGGAUCAGGAAUCAUGGAGCAUUACAGUUUUAUCUGUGGAAAUCAAACUGUUUUCAAUCAAUUCUCGCAAACAUGUUCACAUCCAGAUGAUGCGAUUCCAUGUGAACAAUCAAGGGACUUUUACUAUCUCAAUGAACGUUAUGGCGUUGAAGAUGAAAACUUUCACCGAGACGAAGAUGUUAACGCUUACAAUAAUAUCGUUGCUGAAUAUGGAUCUAGAAAAAGAAGUGGAUAAACGAAAUGAAUAUCAAUUGGAUCGAGUAAGCCCAUGGGUUCAUUUGAUGGUCUAUCAAUUUGCUCUAUUCAAACCGUAGGUUAAUUAGAUAAUUUUCUCAGAAGUCGAUCGGAAUAUUUCAACUUUUUUUCAAGUUUUGUGAAUUUGUAAUUGUACAAAAAAAUAACCCAAUCAAUUGAAAAUAAAAUCGUUCUUGCUUUAGUAA